CCGCCGGGAGCGGAUCGUGACCAUGAGUACUGUAAUCCUGCGGCGGUGAUGGAUGUGGAGAGGAUUUCGAGGAUGCGUGCAAGGUUUUUGGUUACAUGCCGCAGAGGGGAUCCGUUGAUUGAUCGGCAGAGGCAGCUUGUGAAGGUUAUGGAGGCGGCCGGAUUACAAGUGGCGGCGCAGCUGGAGGAGGAGGGUUUUCACGCGAUGGAGUUGUUUGAUCCUGCGGCCGCGGAAGUGCUUUUUGCUACUGUUAAGGAAUUUAUUAAUGCUUAGUUUUCUUGUUAUUGUUAAAUAAGUUACCGAAACCUACUGUAAAUUUAUAUCAGAUGUCCAAUAAUAAAUUGGCACGCGGUAACUCGGCUUGAAACAUAUAUGUCACUAGACCCAAAUUAUCACGUGACCCCCUGUUAUUAGACACCUGAUAUUUGCAUCAGGUGUCCUAAUACAAUAAUUUCUCGAAGUUACCAGUAUGUAAUAAUAUUUUCAUUAUGAAUCUUUUAAUGUUCUAUUCC